UUUUCUUCCUCCAUCACCGCCGACACUCCGCCACAUCCUCAAAUCGCCUUUUACAGCAGCAAUUGGCGAUAGAGGCACCGAAACCCAUUGUGCGACCAGUCCAUAAUUACGGCCCCAAUUGCCUAACCCUCCACCGCAUCGACGAAGCAAGUCAGCCGGAGAAUUCCAGCCGAGAAAGGGACACAGGAUGUCGUCCUCAGGAGCUCGCUCGGGCGAGCGCGUGAUUCACCAGGACUUCAUCGCGCGAAUCCGCUUCUCAAAUACUCUGCCUCCACCGCCCAAUCCUCCGAAGCUGCUCGACAUCCCCAACACCGGCCUCGCAAGCGGCCAAUACACGACGCCAGGGUUUGCAUCACGUCUGGCGCGAGAGCAGCCGCUCAAUAUCGAGGCUGAUGCAGAACUGGGCAUGCCGCUCGACUUGGUGGGAAUGCCGGGCGUGUUUGAUGGAGAUGAACGAUCAAUCCAAGCUCCGUCACAGCCGCUAGCCCUCCACCCGCACGAUCGAGCUCUUCUCAGACCUAUUGCCGCCCUUGGUAAGCCCAAGGUUGCCGAGGCCAACGUCUCUUUCCUCCGCCGAACCGAGUACAUCUCGUCCCUAAUCCCGAAACGCUUCGAGGCAAACCACCCCCGGGCCCUGCUGGCCAAGUCUCGACGACCAGCCAAGCGGCCAGAACCCGCCGCCGACUCUCCGCAGGCCAUCAAGCGCAAGAUCGACAAGGGCUUCGAGAUUGCGGAGCAGGAUCUCAAGGACCCCAAGCGCAUCAAGCAUCCCUCCAAGAAGCACCUCAAGCUCGUCGAUGCUCUGCCUCUGGUGCCCGAUCUGGACGCGUUUCCCGAUUCUGGUGCUUACGUUACCAUCAAAUUCCUUACGAAUCCCGUCUCAAGCUCCAACGAGUAUGAUAAUCGUCUCCGCAGCGGCCUGUUCAGGCCGAUAGACCGCACGGCGGCCGAGGAAGCGGCCCUCGAGGCCGCCGCAGAGGCCUAUAAUCAGGAUCCAGUCAACAACCCCAAGCCGGCCAACUUGAUGAAUUAUGACUUCUAUCUUGGCCAGACUCGUGCCGAUGCUGACCGCUUCCGCCGCAAGUUUGACGUCGACGACGCCGACCAUGACGACGAGGACUUGUAUACCCACAGGGGAGACACAGGAGGAUACUUCCAGUUCAACAGGAUCAGGGCAUACGAGACCGCUCAGGAGACGGAGCUCGAUCACCCUACCAAAUACGAAGAUGAAAUUAUCCUCUCCGUCAAUGAGAAGGAGACCGAUUCCAGCCAAAAGGCUGUCUUCUACUACCCCAUCAUGCAGAGAUCUACUAUCCGUCCCCAACGCACCAGAAACAUUGCACGUACGAAUUACGGCCUUGCUGAGGACGAUGAGCCGCAAGUGGUUGACCAGCUGGAUCUCACGGUUGAUGACCCGACAGAGGAGAUGAGGGCCGCCAUGAAGAUGUACGCACGGCAUCCUAUGGGCUGGGAUCAGGACGAAGAGGAAGAACUGCAUCGCGGCGUCGAGCGGUCCAUCGAGGAGGGCGAUGUUGAUGCGGAUGGCGAUGCUGAGGGCGAAGAAGCCGAUCGUAACGGAGCUUCCAGCCCGGUUGAGAAAUACCAAGAGCGGUCUCCGUCUGCGGAUCGUGAUGCGGAGGGUGAUGAAGAUGAGGACGAAGACUAGACUUGCUAACGGGAAGGAUGAGAUUCAAUGUUUGGGCUGUUUUUGCUCAUCCGUGUUUGAAUGAAGUGGCUCUCUUUUUUUUUUUUUUAUCAAAUUUAAAAUCCUUUUUAUCUUUUGGGAAAAUUGACUUUUCAAAAGCGAUGUUUUCAUUUAUUUCAAAGAACACAGAGGGGGGAAAUGGGCAUGCGAGGAUGGUUGCUGGUGCAUGUGGGAUAGGUGACUAUCAGGUAUAUAGAUCUCGGUAUUAAUGAAACUAUGUGGCCC